UGGCCAUCACUUUUAUAUGGGACCCCUCAAGGACUCUACACCACAGGUAGAAAAAAAAAAGCAGAUGUGUGUGUUUGUAGGAGAGUGUGGAAGCUGAUUUCAAUGCUGAGAAUAACUAGUUGUCGGGUGGGCUCUGAAAGGGGACUCACCACAACACAAAUACUAAUUAUACAGGUAUUACCGUCUAAUCUCGUUUUGAAUGGAGGAGUUUUCCUAAAAUCAAACUUGGAUAACUGAUUGGUACAUAACCCCUGCCCUCAAUAAGAAUCCUACCUGACUAUGACCUUUGGAGUGUGCUGCCCACGAAUAAUUUAGAGUCCUCCAAAAUUGCUGAAAUAACCUCAUGGGGAAUAUGACAUGGGUCUUAUCCAAUUAGAGAACGCAAAUCUCUAUAUUAUACUAAAUACUAUAAUUGACCAAAUUCUAACUAAUCAACAAAAAACAAAAAGUCAAAUCAAUGUCUGGGUGGGCCCUGCCAAAUCAGUCAAACAAAUCAGUCCUGGGUGGGCCCUAUCCUCUGCUUGGUCUUUUUAGCUGUCUCUUUUUUUUUUUGCUGAGUGGACUGAGAGAGCCCAGUACUGAACAUUCUGCUUGAAAAUAUUUCUCCCAUCUUUUAUCUGUACUUUGUGUAUUGUAAUUUCAUCCUUUCCUGUCUUAUUUCUAACUGAACCUUUAGUCAUUUUCUUUGUUUACUCACAGGAUGAGCGCUACUUGAGUUCAACAACCAUUUCUAGCUACAUUAGUUCCUUUUCUACCCAAUCAAGU